AUGGAUUUUGCACCUGAGGGCAGUGGAUCAGCUGAUGAACAUGACGAUUCUUCAAACUCAAGAAGGGAGAGGGAGAGAAAACAGUAUCAUCGACACUCCGCUGAACAAAUCCAACGACUUGAAGAGUUUUUCAAAGACUGUCCUCAUCCAGAUGAAAAUCAACGGAGACAAUUAAGUAGAGAACUAGGGCUUGAACCUAGACAAAUCAAGUUCUGGUUCCAAAAUAAAAGAACCCAAACAAAGAGCCACAAUGAACGAGCUGACAACGAUGCCCUUAGAGUUGAAAAUGACAGAUUCUAUUAUGAGAAUCUUGUUAUGAGAGAAGCAUUAAGGAAUCUUGUAUGCCCAAAAUGUGAGGAUGCAUCUUCUGGAGAAGAAGCAAGGCAAAGAAAUCUAGAAAGAUUACGAGUUGAAAAUGCUGGGUUGAAACAAGAGCUUGAAAGGGCAUCCCGUGUGGUAUCCACUUUUUCCAGAAGAUCUGGAGUACUCGAAUCUUAUUUGCCACCAUCUUUUAGUCCCCUAUCAUAUUUAGGUGAAAAUAUUCCAGGGACUUCAAUGACCACAUUGUUACCUCAAAGGCUCUCUGAAAUACAAGAGAUGGAAAAAUCUGUGAUGGUUGAAACUGCUGUUAAUGCCAUGGAUGAAUUGUUAGAGCUUUUCCGAGGAAAUGAGCCCUUAUGGGUUAAGUCUCCAACUAAUGAGAGAUAUCUGAUUCAUCGGGAAACUUAUGACAAGCUAUAUCCCAAAAUAUCCCAUAUCAACAGCUCUAGUUCUUGGAUAGAAUCAUCAAGAGAUUCAGGACUUGUGCCAAUUACUGCCAGGCACUUGAUUGAUAUAUUUCAAGAUCCGGAAAAAUGGAUGGACUUUUUUCCUACAAUUGUCACCAAAGUUAGGACAAUUGAAGCGCUUGACACGGGAAAAAGGGGUGGUUCUCUAUUUGUGAUGCAUGAAAAGUUGCACGUUCUUUCACCUCUUGUUGCACCCAGAGAGUUGGCGUUCCUUCGUUAUAUCCGACAACUUGAUUCAACAACGUGGGUGAUCGUAAAUGUUUCCUAUGAUUCCCUUAAGGAGCUAGAAGAUGCUUCUUCUUCACAAACAUGGAUGUUUCCUUCCGGUUGCCUUAUUCAAGACAUGCCCAAUGGAAAAGCAAAUGUGGCAUGGGUUGAACAUGUUCAAGUGGAUGAUAGAUCUCUUACUCACCCUCUUUAUAAGGAUAUGGUUUGUGAUUCUCAAGCAUAUGGAGCCAAGAGAUGGAUUGUUACUUUGCAAAGGAUGUGUGAGAGAUUUGCAUUUUCAAUGGGACCAAGACCUUCUCCUGGACAUGAACUUGAAGGAGUUAUUGAUGCACCUGAAGGUCGGAAAAGCCUGACAAAACUUUCUCACAAGAUGGUCAAAAACUUCUGUCACAUAUUAAGCAUGCCAGAGAAAUUAGAUCUCCCUCAGCUGUCAGAAUUGAACAGAAAUGGGUUUCGAGUCUCUGUUCAUAGAAGUGAUACUUCCGGCCAACCCAAUAACAUGAUCGCUUGUGUUGCUGCGUCCCUGCGGCUUCCAACUUCCUUUGAGAAUCUGUUUGAUUUCUUCAAAGAUGAGCAUGCAAGAGACCAGUGGAAUGUUCUGUCCGAAGGAAAUCCUGUUCAUGAAAUUGCACACAUCUCCACGGGCACUCACCCUGGAAACUCCAUCUCCCUCAUGCAGGCCGCUAAUCCCAAGGAAAACAUGUUGAUACUUCAAGAAAGCAGCAUCGACUUGUUAGGGGCUAAUCUGAUUUAUGCUCCAGUGCCAGUUUCAACCAUUACUUCUGCAAUAAGUGGUCAAGACACCACAGAUACAAAUGUUUUACCAUCGGGCUUUAUCAUCUCAAGUGACGGAGUUGAUGGUGGAGCUAGAGCCGGAGCUUCUUCUAGUUCUAGCAUGAUCGGAUCGAACAGUUCACUGCUCACUGUGGCUUUCCAAAUAAUGGUGCGCCCCGACACAUUUUCUGACCAACUAAUCACAGAUUCGGUGGCCACAAUUCAUGCUCUUAUAAGCUCCACUGUGCAAAAGAUUAGAUUAGCAGUAGGAUCUAGGUUUGGGUGA